CAGGACUUCCUAUGUGUCUCACAAGCUUCUGAAUAAUAUAUUUUCCCAUCAAGUAUCCGCAGUUCCGACAAAAUGCAUAUUCAGAUCAUCUUGCUAUGCAUAUGCUUCAUGUGGUUUACUUGUUCCGAUGCCAUUCCAUGUGACUCUUGUGGCAAGGAGUGCGCCAGCGCCUGCGGAACCAAGCACUUUCGAACUUGCUGCUUUAACUACUUACGCAAACGCACUGAUCCGGAUGCACUGCGUCAGAGCUCUAAUAAGCGGCUCAUUGACUUCAUAUUGCUGCAAGGACAUGCACUGUUUACACAGGAGUUACGCGAGCGACGAAACAAUGGCACCUUGAUUGACCUCGACUUCAACACCUACUACGCCUAAGGCGACAGCUAAUCCUCCUCUUGUACCCUUUACACCAUGACAAUGACUUCGACCAGCGAAUGUUUGAAAUGUUAGUUUUUCAAUAAAAAUCAUAAAACUCUUU